AAUGCAAGUAUUAACAAUGGAAACCACACAAUUACCCAUAUGUUUGGACUAUGACAAUUUGUAGGAAAAAACAAACAAAAAUUCUUUUAAAUUACACACUUCACAAUUCUUUAACUGACAGGAAAUACUUAGUUUUUAGUGUGUAGUUUUGUGUGUCAAACUACAAAUGAGCAAAUUAAGUUCUGAAAAUCUUCACAAUGAGCUCAUUUCCUGUAGACUACCAAAUUACAUAACCCUGAAUUAACAGUUACACAGCAGUUACCUUUGGGAAAUGAUUGAAAAAAAAAGUUUGACAUACAAAACUACACGCUGAAAACUAAGUAUUUUCUGUCAGUUAAAAACACCGGCAAGAGUCAAAUUUAUGAAGCGUUUUUGCACAUUUCCAUUAGUCGUUGUACAGUUGGAGUAAAAGGGGUUAACUGACGUGUGCAGUGUAGUUGAGCACUUGGGAGCUUGUAAAAAGUGUCAUUUGAAGAGGACAAAGAAAUCCCCCUGCAGUCAUUGAUUUCCACAACACAUCGUCUUCCACAGCUCGGCGGCGGCAGCGUUCAUUAAAGCUCGUGCUCUCUGCUCUGCACACCGUGUCAUUGUUUCAGCUUGUGUCUGUGCGGACAUGAUGCAGGCUGUCGUGUUUUGCAGCAGCAUCUUGCCUUUGCACCUCUUGCUCUGCGUUCACUCUCUGCCAGUGCUGGAGCGGACGGCCGUCAGCAGGUACAAGCAACUACAGGGAUGGCCUCACAGCAACAGUCAUGUUGAUCUGAAGAAGGGACGACAUGAACAAGACACGCUCAAUGAAGAUUACCAUUUGAAGUCUGCACUGCCCCCAAAAAAUGACACAGAGUUCUGGAAGCGUCCUCGCUGUGGAGUCCCAGACUAUCCCACCUUAACACAGGUCAGCCUGUCAUACUACAACCUGAAGGAGACGGGAGGACUGAGCAGACAGCAGCGCAUGAAGCGAUUUGCACUCUUUGGAGGGCGCUGGGAGAAUACUGACCUCACUUACAAGAUUGUGCGUUUCCCUUGGCAGAUGAGUGAGGACAAAGUGCGCCGGAUCUUACAGGAGGCAUUUGGUGUGUGGAGCGCCGUGACUCCUCUGAGGUUCACAGAGGUCACCAAUGACAAAGCUGACAUCAUUAUUGACUUCAACAGGUACUGGCAUGGAGAUGACUUACCAUUUGAUGGUCCUGGAGGAAUCCUCGCCCAUGCCUUUUUCCCCCGAACACACAGACAGGGAGAAGUCCACUUUGACUAUGAUGAGCAUUGGACUGUGGGCAAUGAUGUGGGCACAGAUCUCCUACAAGUGGCAGCCCAUGAGUUUGGCCAUGUCCUGGGCCUGCAGCAUUCUCUGGAGCCGGAUGCUGUGAUGUGCCCUUUCUACAGCACCUCCUACCCACUGAAACUGAGCGAGGAUGACAAGAGGGGCAUCCAGUAUCUGUAUGGCCCCCCUCGGCAUGCACCACCUGAGAUGACAGAGACCAAUGAGAUUGGCAUUGGAGUGCCGGAUGCCUGCAGAACAACCUUUGAUGCUGUGUCCAUGAUCAGGGGAGAGCUGUUCUUCUUUAAGUCUCGAUAUGUUUGGCGUAUCCGUGAUGGGCAGCUACAACCUGGCUAUCCAGCCUUGGCUUCACGCCACUGGAGGGGCAUUCCUGACAACAUUGAUGCUGCGUAUGAAGACAAGUCUGGCAACAUCUGGUUCUUCCGAGGUGGAAACUACUGGGUGUUUGAUGCAGAGAGGAAGAUAACAGGACCAGAUUCAGUGCAGCAGCUGGGUCUUCCCGUAACAGACAUCCAAGCAGCUGUGAAGUGGGAAGAAGACAAAGUCGAGAAAGUCUACCUCUUCAAGUCCACUUCUUACUGGCCCUUCAAUCCUCGCGAGAAUCGAGUCUCUGAUGUCCACCCGCGCAGCUUGCAUGAGUGGGGAGGAGUGCCCCUCCAAAUUGAUGCAGGUUUUCGGGACAGAUAUGGCUACGCCAAUUUCCUGAGUGGGUCGCACUAUUGGAAGUUUGACCCUGUGGCGCUGAAGAUGCUAGAAGGCUACCCCCGCAGCAUCGGCAUGGAUUUCUUUGGCUGCUCUGCCUUACGGUCCAAAUAAGUUCAAACACAUACAGUACAUCUGGUAAACUUCUGAAGAGGAGUGGGUUGAUUUUUCAGCUUUAUAUCCCAUACAGCACAUUCUGGUCAUUUUGAAAAUAUACUGAAGGCUGAUGUAUUUCAUUGAGAUGACUCAAAAUCCAUAUAACUAUAACGGCAGCCACUUGUCAAAGUCAUCUUCUGCUGCAACCAAAUUAUCUUUUGAAAACAAUGCAUUUGUAUUUGAAUUUACACAUAAAUUCUAGAUUUUACUGUAAAUAUAAGUUUGCAGGAACAGUCCACAAAUGAUUUUCUCAAUUUGAAAGGACAGUAAACAUCUGGAGACAGGUAAUUCAACCCUGACAAAGCUUCACCCUCAGGCUUUGAUGCAAAAACCCACUGCCCAAGUGCUACAAGUGUUUGUCCACAUUUAAAGAGCAACUCCACUCUAGAUCUAGGAAGAGCAGUACUGCUGCACUGACCUCUGUGGGUUGAAAAGUUCCUGUCUGUAGUGAUGCCCUAUAAUGCAAUGUGAACUGCUGUGGUUGUGGAAGGAGCAUCCACCAAAUGUUGACAGUGCAAGCAGACUGGGUGCAAGUACUCUUAAAUGCCUGCAGUAGGAAAACCUGAGACAAAUCAAGCAACACCUUGCUCAUUAGCAAACUUGAGGCAUGUAUUAAGGCUUCAGUAUGGCCAAAUAGAAUUUGUUGUUUUUGUCUGACCGUGUAAGUGCAAAAAUGAUUAUACCUGUUCUGAAUGACCACACCUGAAGGUGGGGCAAAAAGCCUGCUGUCAUAGUUCCCCUCUCACUGCAUCUAGGGUUGAAUACUGAGAAUUGAGAUCCCCAUAUUUCCCAGAAAUUCUUGUCAAAAUCUGCUCCCAUUUUCUUGGGAAAAAUGCCUGUGGAUUGAUGGUAUGUGUCUGCUUGUGUGUCUGUGUUCACAUACUGAAGGCUACUAUGUACUGAAACAAACAUGCCUUCAGUGAACCUCAUUAACUCUACCACGCAACUGUUGUAAAUACACUCUGAACCUGAAACACCAUCAUCAUGGCACUAUAACUGGAUCAACUUUUUUUUUCAUGCUAAAAUGGCAGCCCAUUGUUCAGUUGUGUGAACAAAUCCGCAAAAUCUAUAUACACAAACACUAUCAUCAGACAACCCCAAAUCAGAUUGCAGAGCAGCGUUUAACCCUAACAUAACAACUAAAGAACAACUCUCCUGUUCCUCAAACCACAGAAAUAACAUGCUGAAACUGAUGCAUUACACAGAUAUACCCUCUCUUCCACUCCACACUAGUCUUGUUUUGGGCCUUUGAAUCACCAUUCACAUUUCAGUUUUUCAGUGAAAUAAAUGGUAAUAACAAUACAAUAAUAAUAGCCAAAUAAAAAUAAUAUAAAUAAUAUUAAUAAUAAUACAUAAUGAAGUGAAAACAAAAUGGCAGUCUAAUGUGAUUAUCAAUCUAACUCUGCGGAGUAAUAACCUCAGGUGACCAUAAAGGUGGUUAUAUAAUACUCUGUAACUACUUGUAACCACUCGGAUUAUAAGCUCCAUAUUCAGCAAGAAAUCCCAGGAGUCUUGGGAAAAGAGUGAUCUAAAUAUACAGUAUUUUCAUGGCCAGGCUCACUGGGUGCACCUCUGGAGUCACCAUCUCUUCAAAAGAGAUGAUGACCCUUUUGAAGUUGAAUUCACUUCUCUGGACACACUGAUUAUCCAGUAAUCACAAUGUUUCACCCGUGUAAUAGUAAUUGAUGAUUUUACUCAGCAUCACAAUGAUCCAUACAAUAACCAUCUGCCAUUAAACACCACCGUAGUGUAGUUUAGUAUUUUGCAUUUUGUAUUUUUUCAUUUCUGAAAUUAUUUUUAAAGUUUAAAUCUGUUAGUUUCAACUGUUAUACAUGCAAAAAUAACUGCUGACAUUCUUUUUGAUUUGUGUUAACUGUACAAAAUUCAUCAGGACCGAUAAGUUUUAUGUCCAUAAAACUCACCCAUAGUCUCAAUGCGAUGAAUCAUACAAAUGGGGAUGAUUCACCACAUACUCUCUCACCUCUUCACACCUGGUCAGCAGCUAUGUAAAGUGCCCAUGACUGCCAGAUUAGUCAGACUUUCUGUUCAGGAAAGUUACAAAAAUUCCUGAUGCUGCUGUCGGAAAUGGGAUUUCAGGUGCUGUUAGACACUUUGUUUGAAGCAUACUGAAGCCUUUAAGACUACACAUUUAAAAAGCUGCCAACUUUUCCAUCUUUCCCUUUGAAGAACACUGUAAAUUGUGUGUGUUCGUCCCUCAUGUCAUAUAAUGUUAACUGUUUCAUCCAUUGGAGCCACUGGCUUUGUUGCCUGUGCUUGACAACUCUGCCAGUUGUGUUUGAGGGGGAAAUUACUCACAGGGGUUCCUCAAGAGUUAGUGCUCGGUCCCCUUCUCUUCUCAAUAUACGCCACCUCACUUGGUGCAAUGAGCCACUCCCAUGUAUUCUCAUACCAUUGCUAUGCUGACGAUACUACUGUUCCUGCCGGAAGACCUCACAGUCUCGGCAUGGAACUCGUCAUGCCUUGCCGAUAUCGUGGCAUGGAUGAAGGAACGCCACCUUCAGCUUACCUUCACUAAGACUGAGGUUCUUGUCAUCCCAGCCAGUCCUUCUAUACAACAACAGAUCAAUAUCCAGCUCGAAUCAGCCCAACUCAUGCCCACAAAGUCUGCCCGAAACUUGGGUGUCAUGAUUGAUGACCAACUAACCUUUAAGGUUCACGUGGCCUCAAUUGCUUGGUUGUAUUUAUUUGCAACUCCUUACUGGCAGGUCUCCCCAUGUUCAAACCUCUACAUAUGAUCCAGAGUGUGGUGGCAUGUCUGGUCUUCAAUCAGUCCAAAACAGCACAUAUCACUCCGCUGUUCAUAUCCCUCCACUGGCUCCCAAUUUCUGACUGCACCAAAUUCAAAACCUUGACACUUGCUUACAAAACAGCUCCCACCUACCUGAACUCCCCCAUUCAGGUCUACACUCCCUCCCACUCACUACGCUUUGCCAAUGAAGGGUGCCUGGUACUAACAACAGGGCACUAAGUCCCUAGCUAGACUCUUCUCUUCUGUAGUUGGAACGAGUUAUCAAACUCCAUUCGAUCUGCAGAGUCCCUCUCGAUCUUUAAGAAGAAGCUAAACACCCAGCUCUUUCGUGGACACCUCUGCACCUGAUGGUCAUAUAAAAUAAAUUUAAAAAAACAAACAAACUAACUAUUAUCCGCUUCUAUGCACUGCAUGUUGGCACCUACAUCCUAUCGGACCUAACUUAACUUUAUGGCACUUGCUCGUGUUGUUCUCUCCUGACUAGAUCCUUGCUUGUGUUGUAUUAACUCUGUGAAAUUGUAACAUUGUAACAUUGUAACCAGCUAAGUCAGCACUGAAACCAGAAACUGAAUUUAGGUUCCUACAGUGGUGCUUUUUACCACGCUAGCAUUGGUCCAGACUGAAAUAUCUAAUUAUCAACAACUAACAAAUGGACUACAAUGAAGAGACAUUGAUUGCACCCAGAAGAUGAAUCCGAUUGACUUUGGUGAUCCUCUGACUUUUCCUCUAGCGCCACCAUGUGGUUGGCAUUUGUGG